AUGAUGCGGCAUACGUUCCGAAGACUAGUUGAGUUUAUACCGGUCUUUAUGCCCGCCCUAUCGCCCUCUAUGGAAUCGGGUACCAUCGUCGAAUGGAAGAAGAAAAUUGGGGAUAGUGUCGAUGAAAACGAGCUCCUCUGCACUGUGCAAACCGACAAGGCGGUCGUUGACUACACCAACCCCUUCGACGCGGGCUACCUUGCUAAGAUUUACUGCCAAAAUGGCGAAUCCGCCGAUGUCUCAAAGACGAUCGCGUUGAUGGUGACGGAUGCCAACGAUAUCGCAAAGGCGAAUGAAUACAAGCCCGAAGGCACCGAAGAUGCUUCGCCUGCACCCGCAUCGACAUCUGCACCGGCUGCAGGGAACGACGCCGCUUCCGCACCACCGGUUGGCACCACCACUACCGAGCUGCCGGAGGACGUGGAGUGCCAGACGAUCUUUAUGCCCGCCCUAUCGCCCUCUAUGGAAUCGGGUACCAUCGUCGAAUGGAAGAAGAAAAUUGGGGAUAGUGUCGAUGAAAACGAGCUCCUCUGCACUGUGCAAACCGACAAGGCGGUCGUUGACUACACCAACCCCUUCGACGCGGGCUACCUUGCUAAGAUUUACUGCCAAAAUGGCGAAUCCGCCGAUGUCUCAAAGACGAUCGCGUUGAUGGUGACGAAUGCCGACGAUAUCCCAAAGGUAGCGAAUUACAACCCAGGUAAUGCCACCAGCGCGCCAAACGAGGCAGCCCCCACCCCAGCAAAGGAGGAGGCAACUACCAAAAGCGCCGUUGUCGCCCCACAGCGGUACGGCGGCUCGCUGAAGGAGGCGAUUCUCGCAAGCGGCCCCAGCGUCGUGCGCCUCGCUGCCGGCCUCCCGGAGCAUGUUCUUGAGUCGAUCGUUCCCUCUGGCAAGGACGGGCGCUACGCCAAGAGUGACUUCAUUGGCCAGCCCGGGUUUAACUACGAGGAUGUCGUGGCCGCCACGGCACCGCCCCCACCGCGGAGCGUCGACACCACCACCGUGGCGGCCCAAGCUCAGGCCCCGUUGGCGGACAUCUACGACCUCGUGCUGGAGGCCGGCCCGAUCUUGAAGUCGGUGGAUGACACGAAGCUCCUGCAGCAGCUCCUGUCCACGAUGUCGGUGCCGAAGCCCAAGAAAGCUAGUCCGUAA